CGCCGGGGCCGCCCCCUCGCCGGGGGCAGCGGGCUGGGGCGGCCCCGCACACCUGCGGCACGGCGCUAAGCCCCGGCCCCCCGUUUCCUGCCCGUGCUCCUCCCCCGGCUCCCCCGGGCCCCGCACGGCCAGAGCCGCCCGGCCCGGCCCGGCCGCUCACACCCAGCGCGGCCCGAGCCAGGCGGGACGUGCCCGGCGCGGCGGAGAGGCACGAGGCUCCCUAGAAGAUGGGCGACUGGGGUUUCCUGGAGAAACUGCUGGACCAAGUCCAGGAGCACUCAACUGUGAUCGGGAAGAUCUGGCUCACCGUGCUUUUCAUCUUCCGCAUCCUCAUCCUGGGCUUGGCUGGGGAGUCCGUGUGGGGGGACGAGCAGUCGGAUUUUGUGUGCAACACCAAGCAGCCCGGCUGCACCAAUGUCUGCUAUGACAAAGCCUUCCCCAUCUCCCAUAUCCGCUACUGGGUGCUCCAGUUCCUCUUUGUCAGCACCCCAACCCUGAUUUACCUUGGCCACGUUGUCUAUCUCUCCCGGAAGGAGGAGAAGCUGAAGCAACAGGAGAGCGAGCUUCGGGCUAUCCACAGCAAGGACCCGAAGAUCGAGCAAGCCCUGGCAGCCGUGGAAAAGAAGAUGUCCAAGAUUUAUGUGACGGAGGACGGGCGGCUCAAGAUUCGAGGGGCGUUGAUGUGGACGUACAUCAUCAGUGUGAUUUGCAAGAGCAUCUUUGAAGCUGGCUUCCUCGUUGGCCAGUGGUACCUGUAUGGCUUCUCCAUGGUGCCCCGCUACGUGUGCAAGAGGGACCCCUGCCCCCAUCAGGUAGACUGCUUCAUCUCCCGCCCCACUGAGAAGAGCAUCUUCAUCAUCUUCAUGCUGGUGAUGGGCCUCAUCUCCUUAGUGCUGAACCUCCUGGAGCUUUUCCACCUCUGCUGCAAGAAUCUACUUAGCAACAUCAAGAAGGUGUCUGUGCCGGCUGGCCCGAGCCGGGACGCCUUUGCCGAUGACAUGGUCUCAGGUCCCUACCCGCCCAAGCACUACCCCUUCCUGCCCAUGGCCGAGAGCCACAUGCCACCCUACCAGGCCUACAACAAGCUCUCCAGUGAGCAGAACUGGGCCAACUUCCACAACGAGGAGAACCUGGCGCUGGGCAACGGCAGCAGGCCCCUGUCGGACUCCUAUGCCCCCAGGGCUGCCGAAGCCCCCAUCCUGGAGGAGAAGCUGUGCAGCAGGCCUGGGAGCUCAGCCUCCAAAAAGCAGUAUGUCUAGUGCCGGGCUGGACCCAGCCAGCCGGGGGGACCUUCCUCGGUCCCUUGUGCCUGCAGAGGCGCUGGCCGUGGGCAGGCAGCUGCCUCCUGCCUGGUGCUGUGCCAUAUGGACCCCCCUCCCCGCCCCUGCGGAGACCUGCCUGCUCCUGGGACGCGAUGCUCGGGAGCAGGGCUGAGCGCUGCCCUGGAGCUGAGCCUCUGCUCUCUCCUGUUUUCCCCAAAGAUCCUGUAAGGAAGGAAAUUGUAAAAAGUUCCCUGGGAUGGCGUAUCCCAUGUGUCUUGCCGUGGGAACGGGAGAAAUCCCUGAGGCCACGUGGCUGGGAACAGGCUGUCCCCAAGGCUGCGGGAGGAGGCUGCUGUCCCUUGGGAGCUGUGGCUCAGUUGGAGCCUGGAGCUUGCUGGAACCCCCACCAGCGUGAGCUGGGUGUAUGGCCGUGGGAAGCUGCUCGCCUCCGGCCUCCACACGGAGCGGGCUGAGCCCGGGAGGGCUGGGGGGAGCUGGGCUGGGGCAGCGCUGCCUGAUGGGUCCUGGCCACCAGCCCUGGCCUGUUCCUGUGACCCUGGCAGGGGGCCAGUGGCUCCUGACCCGGGUUUGCUGCAGGAGCUGCCCCUUCCCCAUGGGGCACAGGGGUGGGUUAAGCCAGUGGCAGCUCACAGUUGGGGCUCUGCGGUCACCGGCUGAUCCCGAUGGCUGUGGGGUCACUGCUCGGGUGCCUCGGGAGUGCAAAGCCCCCUGCCUCCCGGCCCCGGACGCUUUCCCAUGUGAUGUGUGUCUCUAAGUUAUUUUUAACCUGCUGGCCUGAGCAUGGAGCUUUCUGCCUUAAAGGUGCAGUUGUGCAGGGCAGCUGUGUCCAGCCUGGGCCAUGUGCCCUUGAGCCCUGCAGUUUUGGGGAGGAAUUAGCCUCGCAACUGCUGGUUUGGGGGGUUAUUGGUUUUAUUACUUUGCACUAGUCAUCUCUGCUGUGGGCUGAGAUGCUGGCAGGGGAUGACCAAAGAACCAACGGCUGCCACAGGAACGGUCACCUUGAUUUCCCCGGCCCACCGAUGCUGUGAAAGGGGAAGGUCCUGCUGUGACUGAGGGACUGUGGGUCCUGUGUGACCGAGGCACGAGCAUGGGGUGCGGGCAGUGCCCUCAGUGCUGUUUUUUUUUUCUCUGGCCAACUCAGUGUUUCAUCUUGUUGAAUAAAUUUGGAUGAAUGAAAAAGA